UCUCUUCUCUCGUCUUUUUGCUUUGUUUUGUGCUCUGUGUUUUCUCUGUUUAUAGCAGCAGGUGUGGCCUCUGGUUUUCAUUACUCUCUCUCUGUCUCGCUCUCGCUAAAAUCCAUCAAGGACCCAUCAAAACUCAUGCUUUGUUUCUUUCUUCUUUAAUCCUUACACACAGACAUAGAGACACAGUGAUCAUCACCAUCACCACCCCACCGCCGCCUCUCUUCCUCCAUCUUCACCAUCCCUCCCAGCUCAGCCUCCAUCAACGGUCCCAAUCUUCCCCGCUCCCUAACCAAACUCUCUCUCUCUCUCUCUCCCAAAAACAAAUCCCAAAUCGUGCGAUCUAGGUGCGUGAGUGGAAGGAGGAGGAUUGCGAGUGCAUGGGGGCGAAGGCGGUGUGGGGUGCGGCAGCAGCUGUGGCGGAGGAGGGAUUGCGAUCUAGCUGACAACUCAUGCCGGAUCUCUCCCUCAGGCCGGCUCGGUCUCCAUCGCCAGCCCACGCUGGACCAUCUCCCUCGGGCUGUCUGGCUCUGUUCGAAAGCCAGUCCACCGGGCAAUAGCCCACGGUGGAACUGCUCUUAUGGAAUCCCGGAGGAAACUAGACAUACAUGACACAUCCAUAAAUUCCACGCAGAGACGAAGACCAGAUUAUCAAAAACGCGUAAAAGCGAGAAGAACCCUUUGGAGGCUGAUCGAUUUCUUGAGCUCCUCUCAUCGGCGCCGGCGCUAUCGUAUGGGUUUCCUUGUUAAUCGAUCUCGAUUCCUCUUGCCGGUAAGGCCUUCCGAUAGCUGUGAAUUUCUCGCGGGUUCCUACAGAAAUCGAGGUUCUAUGGUUUCUGUUAUUCGCCGAUUUGCUAUCUGAUUGAUGUUCUUUGAUCUGCGUGUGUGUUCAUUUGUAAUUGAAUUUUUUUGUGAAUUGUAUUAUCUCUGUGUCUGUGCUGAUUGAAUUAGGGUUUGCAAGGGAAAAAAGAUUGAAUUUAUUGUUGUUUUGGAAUUGGGGAUUGUUUAGGGUUUGAAAAAAAAUAUAAUUUGAUAAAGUUGAAAGUGAUCUGGAUUCAAGGUUUGAAAUUUGUUGGGGCGUUUUUGUGUUUUGAUUUCAAUUGUUGAGUUUGAUCACUGAUUAAGGAGAGCUAUGGUUGUUAAUCAUAUGGCGACAGGGCGAGUCGAUUGUUUGAGGAGAAGGGAUUCUUAUAAUUACUCGAAAAGACAAGUUGAGUAUUAUAGGAAUGGAGUUUCUCGUGGUGAAGUAGGUCAUGGUCGCAGUGAUGGUGUCAAACAUAGGAAUGGAGUCCAUCAAUCUUUCAAUGUGCACAAUGCAUGGGGAUCUGGGCAGCUACCAAAUGCCCCAGAGCCAUUGCUUAAGAAUGGCAAAACCCGGAGGAGUGAAGAUGUGGUUCAAUUACCUCCUGAGAAGAAGAUUAAGUUCGGUGAUGAUGUCAAACAUAGGAAUGGACAACACCUUUCUUACAGUGUGUGUGAUUCACGGGGAUCUGGACGGCUGCCAAAUGCUUUAGAACCAUUGGUUAAGAAUUGCAAAACCCGAAGGAGUGAAGAUGCUGUUCAAUCACCUAAUGAGAAGAAGAGGAAGUUUUCUCCUAUUAUAUGGGACAAAGAAGAGAAGGAAGUGAGAGUCCCAUCAAAAAAUGGAGUUGUUCCUCUUAUUCCUCUACCCCUUCCUCAUCCAAAUGUAGCAAGAUUACCUGCUAUUGCUAUUGCUAAGGUUGAGGAUGUUGUUUCUGUUGGAGUUCUUUCCAAGUCUCCAGCUAGAAUGGUGGAGUCUGUGGAAGUGGAGGUUUCCGAACUUUCUGAUGUGUCUCAAUUAGAGGCACCAGCUGAUCUAUCUGCGCCACUACAUUCGCAGUUCGGGGAAGAUGAGCAGGCCCAAAAGAACAAGGAAGACAAUGAAUUUUUCUAUCGAUGUGACAUCUGAUUGUCAAAAUGGUCAUCUGAUGGUGAUUCUCCAAGGGAUAUUUCUGAUGACAGCUCGCCUGAAAGUGGGAAGAUCCGAAGAGAAGGCUCUGGGUUGAGUCGGGCUAGAAUUUCUGGCUCUGACAAAGAAGACAGCUUUGAGAAGCCGGGCAGUGGAGAUAGACUUCAUGGAGACGAGUUAUGUGAUGAUGCGCACAUGGAUGCUGAUAAUUAUGGUGGGAUUGCUGACUAUAGCCAGUUUUACUCUGAUUCAGAGGAUGAUUCUGAUCUUCCUCAGAUUGAAGAGCCUGCAAUGCCUACACAUAAAACUAUAAACAUGCUUCAAGGUUGCAGAAGUGUGGUUGAGUAUGAAAGGCUCAACCAUAUAAGUGAAGGCACUUAUGGAGUUGUCUUUAGAGCUAGAGAUAAAAAGACCGGAGAAAUUGUAGCAUUGAAGAAGAUGAAGAUGGACGUGGAUAAGGGAUGUGAUGGUUUCCCCAUUUCAGCAUUGAGAGAAAUCAACAUUCUUUUGUCGUUUAGUCACCCUUCUAUUGUCGGUGUUAAGGAAGUUGUUGUGGAUGACUUUGAUGGUGUUUAUAUGGGUAUGGAGCAUAUGGACCAUGACCUCAAGGGGCUAAUGGAGUCAAUGAAGCAGCCAUUUAGUGUAGGCGAAGUUAAGUACUUGAUGAAACAACUUUUGGAGGGUGUAGAGUCUCUUCAUGAUAAUUGGAUCCUUCACAGAGAUCUGAAAACAUCAAAUAUUCUUUUGAACAAGGAGGGUGAGUUGAAAAUAUGUGACUUUGGGCUGUCACGACAAUAUGGGAGUCCACUGAAGCCAUAUACUCCUUUGGUUGUCACAUUGUGGUACAGAGCACCCGAAAUUCUAUUAGGCGCAAAACAGUACUCUACAGCAAUUGAGAUGUGGUCAGUAGGUUGUAUAAUGGCUGAAUUGUUGGCCAAGGCACCUCUCUUUAGCGGGAAACAUGAAAUUGAGCAGUUGGACAAGAUCUUCAAAACUCUUGGUACACCAGAUGAGAAAAGUGGUUUAUCCAAAUUGCCAGGCUUCAAAGCUAAUUUUGUUAAACAACCGUACAAUCUUCUGCGCAAGAAAUUUCCUGCUGCAUCUUUCACUGGAUCAUGCCCGGUGCUCUCUGAAUCUGGGUUUGAUUUGCUGAAGAGGCUCUUAUCUUAUAACCGUGUGGAGCGAAUAACAGCGAAGGAUGCCCUUAACCAUAACUGGUUUCGCGAGUCCCCGGAACUGAGAAAGGAUUUCAAGCCAAUUACGCCUGAUCGACAUGUUCAAGACCAGCACCUUAGCAGCAGGCAUUGGAGCUGAAAAAGUACAGCACAGACCUGUACUGUAGGGUCCUUUAGGAUAGCUGGAGCGAAGGAGUUGCAAGGGCUGUCAGUUGGCACUAAUGGUUUGUCCUGUUAAGAGCACCUUAAUAGCGAUGCAGUCUUCGUAUAUGAAGGUGUGGCAUAAUGUUAUGAAGAAAAGAGAACUUUUUGUUUUUCCACAUUCUUGAACCUGUGUAUAUAUGUUCAUAUUGGGAUGAUUUUUUAUCAGUAUCUUGUUCAUUAUUUGAACGUAAGAACUUUUUGCUUUCA